AAAGAAAUGAUGUCCAGUAUUUAGAUUUUCCUAAAACGGCGAAUAUCAAGCCCACAGUCUACGUUGUUACGUAUCUCGUACUGAAUGGCUGUGAGAAAUUUAUCAGCUGCUCUGCAGGAAAUAGCCGAAAGGGAACUAUUUGAGACUCCUGAAAAACUAAAUGAUGGUUUGGUGUACAUUCGUGAUUGGUUGCAGAAGCAACCGCAUUUAAACGCAAGAACUGAUGACCAAUUCUUAACAACAUUUCUACGAGGAUGCAAGUUUAGCUUACACCGUACCCAGGAAAAACUCGAUUACUAUUACACAUCCAAAACCAUAUUAACUGAGCUCUACUCGAAUAGAGAUCCAUACGAUCCAGAAAUCCAGGAACUACUAAAAGCUGGGGUUAUUCUACCUUUGCCUAAUACGCUUACUGAAAGUACACCCAGAAUAAUACUACUCCAUCUGACGGGUAUGAAUCCAGAUAAAGUUUCUUUUCUUCAAUUUCAAAAGCUACAGCUAAUGAUAUAUGAAAUCUUGUUACAAGAAGAUGAUCGAAUUGUUACUGCUGGGGUCGACAUAUGGACGGAAUUAAAAAAUACUAACCACGGCUAUGCGACGCAGAUAACACCAACAUCUUUAAAGAAGUUUAACUCCGUGUUACACAGAGGGUACCCAAUACGAAUGAAGAGCGUCUACUGCACAAAUUGUCCCCCUAUAGCCGAAAGUCUAUUUAACUUGAUGAAGUCCAUAUUGAACGAAAAAAUAAGAAAUAGGAUGGGGGUUUUUAGUGGUUCGGAUGAAUUUUACAAGAAGCUACCCAAGAAGCUACACCCUAUUGACUUUGGAGGGGAAAAUGGAAAACUUAGCGAGCUACAAGAAUUUUGGAAGGGAAAGGUGGAAAGUUACCGCGAUUGGUUUUUAGAGGAUACACAAUAUGGCACAAAGGAAGAAUUGAGGGUGGGAAUACCUAAAACGUCCGCUACUCUUUUUGGCGUAGAAGGAACGUUUCGAAAACUCGCCGUCGAUUAAAAACGAAGAGAUGCGUGUCUGGGCGUAAUAUUUGAUUUUCAAUUUGAAAUACAAAACAACUACA